AUGUUUUCAGGUUUUGGAUCCACUAUGUUUGGAGGAGCUGCCUUUGCUCCCAUGAACAACAAGUUCGAAGACUAUUUCCGCUGUUAUCCAAUCGCAAUGAUGCCUGAUAGUAUUAGAAAAGAUGACGCCAACUAUGGAGGCAAGAUCUUCCUCCCAUCAUCAGCUUUAAACAAAUUAUCCAUGUUACACAUCAGAUAUCCUAUGCUAUUUGAGCUUUUGAACGAAACAACUCAGAAAAAGACUCACAGUGGUAUCUUGGAGUUUGUGGCAGAGGAGGGAAGAGCAUAUUUGCCCCAAUGGAUGAUGAGUACUCUUGAAUUACAACCAGGACAAUUGGUUCAAAUAUCCAACUGUGAUUUACCACUUGGGAGAUUCGUGAAGAUUGAACCCCAGUCAGUCGACUUUCUUGAAAUUUCCGAUCCCAAGGCCGUGUUGGAGAAUGUCUUGAGAAGGUUCUCUACGUUAACGGUGGACGAUAUAAUAGAGAUCAAUUAUAAUGAUACCAUCUAUGGAAUCAAGGUGUUGGAAACCAAGCCUGAAUCCAGUGGUCAGGGGAUUUGUGUGGUGGAAACAGAUUUGGAAACGGACUUUGCUCCACCGGUUGGAUACGUUGAGCCCGAAUAUAAGCCAAAAUCCCAAGCACCUACCCUGAAACCAAUUACUCCCACCAGCGUGAAUAGAGGCGCUGGGUCUGCCACAAUGGCUAGAUCCUUGAAUUAUGCCAACUUGGCAACUCUGUCAAGUACGAAUUCUUUCGGGGGUAGUGGACAGAAAUUGUCUGGUAAAGCAGUUGAAUCAACCAAACCAAAAGAUAUUAGUGUCGACGAUCUAGAUCCAGAAGCUCCUCCUGCCCCAUUUCCCAUCGCAGAAAAUAAGCUAUUCUUUGGCUUCCCGGUAGUAUUACCUACUCCCAGCCCCACGGAUGAAGAAGCUGAGUCCACCAAUAAACAAAAAGCUUUCCACGGACUGGGACAAUCGCUAAGACAAAGCAAAAAGAGGAAAGAUAAGAAUAACAACCACACCCCUUUAAAGAAUCAUUCAAGGAGUCCGGAUUACAUAGAGAUUGAUUAG